AUGUCAAGCAUUCUUGAACCACGAGGUGUCGUAUAUGCAUAUAAAGGUGUUGGAAAUUACAUUACACCAUUUGUCAUCUUCUUUGUCAUCGGAAUGAUCGUAUCAUUUGGUUUGACAAUGUUACACGUACCGAUAACCAAUAUGAUUAUUGGUUACGUACAACGACGUGAAAAGAAAAAGGAAGAAAAAAAGGCAGCAAAAAAGAAGCAGAAAGAAAUGGAAGAAAAGAAAAAAAUUAAAAAAAAACGAAUUAGAGAUUAA